AUGGAUGCGUUGAAGUGGCAUGCGUUCCUUCGACGAGUCGUCGACUUAUUCAUGCCGAUUGUUGGUUGGAUUUUUGGCAUCUCCAUACUAGCCACGUCACUUUUUGGAUCGUAUAUUGUAUCACUGUUUUUGUUUCUAUUGGUGAUGGGUAAACACAACACAUGGAGAUCGGUGAUUGAUCGUUCUGUCAGUUUCUGGAUGAUGGUUCCAAUAGGCUUUCUGGAGUUGAUAUUCGGGAUGCGAGUACGGGUGUCCGGUGAUGAGAUUGAGUACGACAAGCCAGCUCUAAUCGUUAUGAAUCAUCGAACGAGGUUAGAUUGGAUGUACAUGUGGUCGGCGUUAUAUCAGAUGAAUCCGUGGCUUAUCGUCUCCAACAAGAUCAGUCUUAAAGCACAACUGCAAAGUCUCCCUGGAGCAGGCUUCGGGAUGUCCGCAGCACACUUUCUGUUUCUGCAGAGAAAUAAGGAAAAAGAUGCUGUCACAUUCAGUAAUGCCAUUCAAUAUUUCAGUGCAAUGCGGAAUAAUUAUCAGAACGAUGCGUGCAGGAAGCACAGUCGAGACCCCGCAGUUGUUCAACAACAUACUGGAGUGGGUAGCAAAGUGCUUGAAUGGGAAGAAAAUGUGCUCCUAUCGACUGGAAAUUCUGCGUAUGAAGCGCGUGUACCCAACCGUUCAGUUAGCGUGAAAGAAAAUACAAAGGCGGGAGAAGAGGAAUAG